UUUGUCACCAUGCCACCGCGAGACGGAGCAUGUCCAGUCGUUUAACUCUUCCGGCUGACAAGUUGCCGGCUAAGCGUAUCCUCGUCCUCUUUCCUUCUUUAAUCCUUCAAUGGAAUUUUCUUCCUAUUUUCCUUUGUUCUGGUCAAACCUGAAGAACCGAUCCACUCUCAUUACUCUUCCAUCUCGAUCGCCAACUGCUAACCAGUAACCACUCCGCUAUUAAAGAUAAACAGAUCGCAAAAUCUUUUUCUUACAAUUCUUUGCAAGGUUACCAGAUCUCUCUGCUUUUGAUUAUUUCCCUCUUCCGCCAUGAGCGCUAGCCGGGAGCAGAUCGCGCCCUUAGCUUUGAGCUCCACGCAGUCGCCCGCCGGCGAGGAGGGAGAGGUAGCGGCGGCCUCGAAGCCCAGCCGCCUCCGCCGCCGCCGCCGCUGUCUCAUCUGCGGGGGCUGCUGCGGGGUGUUCCUCGUCGUAUUAGCCGUCGUCAUCGUCGUCCUGGCUCUCACCGUCUUCAGGGUAAAGGAUCCGGAGAUAACGGUCAACGGCGUGACGGUGCAGCGGGUGGCCGUUGGCGGCUUAUCUUUCGCCGCGCUGCAGCCGUCCUUCUCCCUCAACCUGACGCUGCUGGUCGACCUGUCCGUCAAGAACCCCAACGCCGCCAGCGUCAGGUUCGGCCCCAGCACGACCGCGGUCUACUUCCACGGGCGCGACCUGGGCGUGGCCCGCGGGCCGCCGGGGAACUCGCGGGCGCACCGCACCUUCCGCAUGAACGUGACGGUGGACAUAAUGGCGGAGCGGGUUGUGGGCGACGCGCAGCUGUUGCAGGAGGUGCUGGGCGGGGUGAUCCCCGUGACGACGUCGACGAGGUUGGGUGGGAGGGUGAAGUUGCUGGGGGUGAUCCGGCGGCAUGUGGAGGUGACCAUGAACUGCAGCCUCACCAUCGAGCUGGACAACCAGUCCCUCCGGCAGCAGGACUGCGAUCGUGAAGUUCGCCUGUAGAAAUCAAGCUCAGUCAUGGUAGUUAGGCAUAUGAACAGAACAGAGCAGAUCAGAACAGAGCAAGAGAAGAAGAAUCAUCUGUUUGCAGAGAAGAUGGCUUUAGAUUUGUUCUUUUCUUUGUAUUUCUUCCUUUUUCCUAAAAAAAAAAAUAGUACGCGAUCAUACAAUAAUAUGUUGUUGCCUUUUUUUUUCAUUAGUGUUGAUGUAUCAGGGUUUUUGUUUAGUGUAAUUAUGCUUAGCUUGAUAUUUGAUAUUUGAGUAAUAUGACUUGAGUUAGGUUGA